ACAUGUGUAAAAUGCAAGCCGCGGAUAGACAGAGGGUGUGACUCCGCCUAUUGAUCAAAGACCAUCCUCCUCCUCCCUUUUGUCUUUUCUUCAGUUUGUUAACUUCUCUAAAAGCCGCGUGGACUUCGAGUGAGCCGCUCAAACCUUUUGGCAGACUUUCGUUUCAUUUCGUGUGAUUUCUUUUUUUCUUUUGGCGCAUCCAGGCUGACAAGUCUACUUACAAGCAGCGAUUCCCUCUCUUCUUAGAAGCUGUGUUUCAUGGAGUCUUUGUGGAAAUCAUUAAUUGCUAUCACAGCAGCAGCGAGAUCUGGAGCCAUAUCAGUGCACCAUCAUAACAAAGUUACUACAUGAUGAGCAGCCAGUCGAUGGAGACCCUCAUUGACCCAGUGUAUCGAAGCAAGAUGCCAUUAUUUGACGGGACUAUAGCAGCCGCAGGACUGUCAAAGCCACAAAAUAUGUCUGGUUUCCUGGAUAAGCAUGCAUUGCAAUACAGCGGGUCCUACUUUACCUAUGACCCCAGAGGAAAGGAUGGAGCAGGAUUCGCUCCACCUUGGAGCAACUCAAAGACCUCUAUGCUGGAUGGCAGAAGUCCUAUGAGUCACCUCUCUGGCAUGGAAGGACAGAACCGCAUACUUUACAGGCAAGACAGCAACUCUUCAGAGGAAGGCCAUUCUCAUUCUUCCUCUCUAUGUCACACCCCAGUAAAACAGGGCUUUACCAUAUACACCAAAAGUCCAGGUAUCAACAGUCCUGCAGCUGCUACAUCAGUGUCUGUUAGAAAACAAAAAACCGGAGUUGAGCAUUCAUCUCCUCCAUCCGAGAACUCUGUUUACCUAGCAAUUCCUAAGCCAGUUUACAGACAUAACCCCUGCUGUAAUGAACUGGGCUGUGUGAUAGGACACCGAUAUGGUGUGGACCACGGCACCCAGAGAUUACCAAACACUGUAUAUGAGCAUGACUGGAUGCAAACUGACGCUCACUACAUUGAAAGGCCGCCCAUUCAGAGAAAGGCACAAGACAAACUGCUGCAACAGAGAGGUUUACAGAUUGAGCCCCAUCCAGAGCCAGUGAAGAGGAUGACUAUGGAGACAUACAGCCCAAGUACAGCAAGGACUUUUCCUGCUAUGAUUGACCCAAACUAUAGCAGUUACCCCUGCACCCCGACUCGCACACUGUUUGGUUCUUUAAGCGAGCAGAGCCAGCGGUUGCAGACAUCCCCCAGAGGCUACCCUGGCCUAUACCCCUCCCAUCCUACAUAUGAGCAUAUGACCUCAGAGGUUUAUCAGGAACGCUCUCCCAUGUCCAAAUAUGGCCAGCUAACACAGCACCCAGUGUUUUACUACCCCCAGGCAAAUGAGGAGGUACAAAACAGCACGCGGUGUAAAAAUAUUGGCAGUAAGCAGAGAGAAGACGUCCCUGUUAUUCUUAAACACACAAUCUCAACCCCCCGGGAGCAUUACAUAGUGCCUCAAUCGCUUCAUGGUGAGAUUCCUUUGCCUAAUACUGAAAUGUUUCCGAAUCAUUCCUUUAUGCAGGGACUUGACUAUCCAUGUUAUGCAGUCCCUAGAUUUCAUUUAAACACAAGCCAAGUGAGGGCGCCCCUAAAAAGGCAGCAUGCAUCCCCUAGUUUUCACAUUAAUAGCAUAAAUGUUUCCCCAUUGAGCCAACACAUGGAUCACCCCUUGGCCUCUGCAGCCAAUCUACAUAAGGACAAACCCAACAGUAGCCUGCAUGUUGACCAGUCACAACCUUCCUCACCAUUCCUACGUGUGGACCAAACCAGUCCUACCAGAUGUAUAAGCCAACCUGGCAUCUCACCAGCCAGCAUACAAAUGAACAGAUUUUUUCCCCCGCUCUCCAGCCUGCACAUAGACCGACACAUCCUUCCACCAGCUGGCAUGAACAUGAACAGACUCAUGGACUAUUCCUCCUGUGAAGCCCAGGUUACAUGCCCAAAACAGUCCAAAGGCCUUCCUGUUUCCCCAGCAGCGUGGCUGCCCCGGUCGCCCAGUCACAGUUCAGAUCGCAUCCACACAGCUGUAACGAAUAGUGCAAAUGUCAGAAAAAUAAUUUAUUCCCCCUCUGUUGCAACAGGAAAUAAAUACAAUGGCCCUACGUCCAGUUCAGGCAGCAGUGUUAUUAAAGGGUGCCUGAAGAGAGGCUUUUCUCACUCAUCUCCACCCAUCAAAAUAAAAGACGAGGGCAGGGAUUUAUGUGAAGUGGAACUCAUUAAGAAACGACAAAAGGUGGAAAUGGAGAAUGUCCAAGUAGGAAAUAAAACUGACUCUCCUCCUAUGCCAGUCAUUGACAAUGUCUUCAGUCUGGCGCCAUACCAAGCAUACCUGCAGGCCUCUGGAGUGUUAUUUCCGGGCAGAGUACCUCAUAGAACCGUCCAGUCCUCUGAGCACUGUGAAGCCAAAACCAAACCAGACAUGAAAGAGAAAAGGCCAGAUCGAGAUGAGCAGCAGUCUGUUGUAUGUCCGGUUCCCAAAGAAAUCUGUCCAGAUACCUCACCAGAGAAUCCUGUUGUAGAAAUUGUUGAACCAAAAAAUAUUAAAGUGGAAAAAGUAGAUGCAUCAGAAACAGACAACACUGUAGAGUCUCCUGUUAGUCAGAGGGACUGCAGCAAAGUCCCAAUCAAAAAAGAGCCUGUAGAAACUGGUUCAUCUGACAGUGGGCCCGUGUGGGUGAUAAAGAAGUGUGAACCUGAUGAACCUGAAAGUAAAGCCUCUUUAGCAGAAGAAAACAACACUUCAGAUGAGUCCAAACCUGUUGAGUCGACUGCACAGAUGAGCUCAUCUUCCCAGGGUGAUGCAUGCACACUGCACGGACAGGUGGCCACCCUCCAAUCCAGACCCAUUACUCCACCUCAAUCAUCUGAGAGAAAGCUAAAUUUCAAAAACAUUCCCCCCCAGUGUCUAAAACUUUCCACCUACAAAAUCAUUCUCCCUGACAUGAAGCAUUCCACACCUGCUCAACCCCCAGAGAAGCCACCUGCGCAGCCAAUACCUGAUUUCAUACCAAAACUAGAGCUCCAACUUCCAGUCCGCAAGCACUUCCUUGAGUUGCACCAUUCCCUCUCCAAGCUAGUAUCCAAAUCUGUGUCGGCCUCUUCAGAGCAGGAGCUCAGAACCUGGUUGUCUCAGUUGGAACUGACUGAACCUGCAUCUCCGUCAACCAAAGUCCAGAAAGUGUCGUGUUUGUUGGGGGUAAAAGCCAGAGAAGUGUGGCUCAAUGAGGAGAUCAAGUCAGCACUCCAUAAGGUCCUCGAGAGGUUGAGAGAGUACACCACCCAGAAACGUUGUCCUUUUCCACACGUCAUGCGAACGGGGGCGGUGUUCCUCCCCAUGCUGGUGAUGAAGGAGCUGCUGUUUCCGAUGGUGCAGGGCAGCUUCAUCGACCAGGUCCUGCAGGAGCACAAAGUGGAGCUGCGGCCCACCACGCUCUCCGAGGAGAAGAUCCUCAUCCAGCUUCAUAAACGAGCCUGCUCCUCCCGGCUCAGGAGACUGAUGUCCCUCAAACACCUGCCCGACAUCUACGCUGACGCGGUCAACCUUCUGUACUACGCCUGUGUCUGCAAACAUCUAGGAUUAGAUGUGGAUGAUCCUGCUAACAGAGAAAAAGAUGACAGUAGUGAGGAGACUUCUGUAUUUUCAGACAUCCAUGCCUCACCGGUCUCACCCCCAGAGUCACACCCACAGAGCCAUCCGAAGGACCAAGAAACAGUAUCACAUUUGAACAGGUGUAGCACAAAAAGCAGGGUAAAGAGCAGCUCGAAGCGCACGUUUCUGGACAACAGUUUGUCAGAUGAGGAAGAGCCAGAUGACACAGGAAAGACUGUCAAUGGAGUUGUGCUGAAUGAAUUUUGCAAGAAAAACUGGAGUGCUAAUCAGUCUGAGGAUAGUGAGAAUAGGGGAAGUGACGAUAUGGUAGCGGAGCAAGAUUCUUCACUCAUUCCGCAAAGCCCAACUUCUGACAAUUCAUGGACGUGUCCUUUAACCUUCGACCAGCUUUCUCCAUCUCCCAGCGACACAGAAACGCAGGAGCCCUCCAGUCUGCAGCCUGGCAGUCAGUCCUCAGGACCAGAAACAUCUCUGGUUAGAUCCAACAGUUGUUCAGGCAUGAUUCUCAAACUGAGGAGGAUGUUUAGCGAAGGUCUUAACAGAAAAAAGGCCCACUACCAAGCAGUGUCAGACUUGGGGACAUUUGCUGAUUCUUCCCUCUCACAGACUGAGGAUUUGGAGGGAGAGGUGAGCGGCGAGAGGGACCUUCACAGGAGGACACCCAAAGUAACCCACAGGUGGCAGAGAACAGGUAGCUUCUCUCACGCCUUAAGACCCCUCAGCAGCUCUUCUAAACGAAAACGCAGAUCGCUCUUAAAGAUCAAAUACUGUCCCUACUUGUCUGCCUGCCACAGCGCCGAACACAGGAGGCGAUGGGUCCUGCGUUCGGCUGUCCAGAGAGCUCAGAGGGCCAUGAGGUUGUACUACCCAGACCUGGUGGGGAAGAGGAUCCGCCAUCUGUACGAAGAAGACGACAAAUCAGAAGUGUGGUAUAGAGGAGAGGUGCUGCGAAUCCACGAGGCCCACACCAACCCUCUAAAGACUAUAUUUGAGGUCAGGUAUGACAGUGAGCCAGAGUGGAAGUACUACCUAGAGCUGCUGAUAGACUAUAAAAAGGGCUGGCUCAAAAUUGAAGACUAAUUUCCGAAAGCCUAUGUUGCUGUGCCAGUUUUGUUUUUGCCAGGGUGCAAUGAUGGUUUUGAGUUGCUUCCUUUUACUGUGUUUGUUUGUUUUUUUUCACUUGCCAACAACAGGCUGAUAAGCCCUAAAUAUGUGUCCGGCCUCCUGAAGAGGGAAGUUGGACUGAAUUUUUUAUUGUAAUCAGAUCAGCUAAAAAAUUCUGUCACUUUAGUGUCACAAGACGCAUUCUUCUUUAGGGGUGGACUGUAUGCAGCAUCCUGUAGAUGUUUUUAAGCUCUUAUCAUCUUUGACACAUCUAUCAGCAGCUUUUCUGGGUUAUUUGCAAUUUAGAUUGCGGUUGUGUGUGGCCUUAUUGUGCUUAGUUUAAAUAAAAACAUACCAAAAACGUAAACAUCCCUUAGUGGUUUUUUUUUUUAAAUAAUUUUAAUCAUUAUCAAAUAUGAAGUUAUGCAUUUGUUUAAGUCAUCAUUGUCCACUUUUCUGGUAGUUUCACAUUUUUUUAUUUGCUAGUAAGAAAUAAAAAACCAGCAAAUGACAUGAAGACAUUUUAAAAGGGUUUGACUGUCAAACAUUGCCAGCCACAUGUAUAUAGGUUUACAGUGCCAGUCUUGUAUGUAAUUAUAGCAGAGUGAUUUUUACCCUGAUGACUGUGGUUGUUUUUUUUGUGUGUGUGUGUUAGAGUGUAUGUGUGUGUGUGUGUGUGUGUGUGUGUGUGUAUGAAUAACUGAAGCUGAGAAACAGGCAUUUAUGUAGUUCUGUACUAAGCUGCUCAAGAGGUCUUUGAUGACACACAGGCUGAGAUGUUCCCAUCACAUGGUGUUUUUAAUCACUGUGAAACUUAAGACUUUCACCUCAGAUUGUAUUUUGAUUUUGUGUCAUUUUAUAAGACUUCUGCAGACUGAAUUGUUAAAAUAUUACUUACUGUUGUCUUAAAUAAAUGUUUGUAAUGA